UGUUAGCAUAGCAUAUGCACACAUAUUGUCACAUAACUCACUGACACCUUUAAAAGAGCACACAGGAGUUUGUGUUCUUUCAUUUGUAUUUCAAACACAGAUAGAGGUUGAAUCACGGUUUGCACCUUAUUACGAGAAAGUAUAUACUUAACAUGACUCCAGCAGGGACUAUCUACCUCAUAACAAUUUGUUUGUCUCUCUAGCAGAAGUGCUCAGUUGCAUACGCUUUUUGAAGCUUUACUCAAACAUAAUCUUCUCUACAUGGGGCUGCAGCUUUAAUCAUUGAAAUGGUUGUCUUUUUUCUGUCAGAAGUAAGCUGGAGUAACAGAGCAUACCACAGCCAUCUUUACGCGUUCAUAGAACUCCUUGAUUUUUUUUUUUUUGUGGUUUUCCAAUGAAUAGAACGUUCUUCAGUCCUCUUUUUAAACUAGUGUUACUGUGCCAAGUUUAAAUUUGCCAGAUUUCACCCCAAAGCAGACUUGUCAGUUGUUAGCAGGGUCAUUUUUGCAACAUGUAGAAUCUGCAAAAUCUCCUAGGAACAGCUGUAAAGCACCUUCUGGAAGAAGAGGGCCUAUCGUUUCGGUUUAGUGCCGUUCAUUUUCACUGUGCACUUCUGUGACAUUUCCCUUCCUCUCUGCUCAAACCCUCAAAAUUAACUUCCUUAAUGUGGUUUAAGAUGGUCUGUCUGUUUCAUAAUUAUUUUGCUGCUUUGCUGAGCAAAGGGGCCUGCAAAAGUUGGCUCAGCGAGUGUCUGUGCUGUGUAUUAGACUAUCCUGAUAAGUGUUGUUUUUACUGCUCCUUGUUUGCGCCACUGAAGUUGCAGUGUUUUCUGGAGGUCUGGGUUCAUGCACUUCCUUUAAUGCUCACUGUCCGGGCCUGCUGAAUCAAAUAGAAAUCUUUGUAUUAGUGAACUAUGCAAAAAGUCUUGAGCGUCCAGAUGCCAAGUAUAAGUGCAGUAAAAACAUCUCACUAGCCAAAUGAUCUCUACUUCGUUUUGGAAAUGCUAAUGUUUUCAUCUAUUUUUAGAUAUUUGUAUUGUUGAGAAGAGGAAGCCUUUUCUUCUUUCUUUCGUUUUUAAAGGAAAAACUGAGAUAUGUUACUUACUGUGCAAGUCUCCUCUUUAGGAGUAGAGGUGAUCAGUACUCUGGAUUUUGGCUGCUGGUAUCUCAUGGCCUUUCCGGCCAUUUAUCGUCAACUGAAUGAAGCGCACAGGUUUAGUCAGUAUGAGACUAUACAUGGUAUCGGUGAUUUCUUGGGUGUUUCAAACAAUUUCCUCCAUUCUAAAUGCAUGAAGAAGCCUUUAGUAUUACUGUUGCUGAUGUAAUUGUCUAAAAGUCCCAUAGCAGAUGCAGAAGUGCUGUAGCACACAGAAGCAAUAAUUCUGUCUCUUCUUUACAUUAAGACCGCUCUAUGCCACUCUGGCCAUGGAAAGGCACCUUAAAGCAGAUGUUCAAUGCAUAUUCAAGGCAUGUUAUCUUGGCAAACUAUUAUAUAGGAGAACAGUAUAAGCAGAGCUGUAGGACCUCUUUCAUGUCAAUGCAUGUAAGAUGCUCAGACGCUGAUGAGCGUGUUCUCCCAAGAGCAGCCCCAUCAGGACUUAAGUCCUGCACAGGUCAUCACCUGUGAGUGAAGGCUGCACAAGGUGGGACUCAGAGAGCUAUGACUACCUGGGGUCCCUCUCUUGGGCUUCCGAUUUCUAAGGGACAGAAUCUGUUUGACGGUGUCCCCAGUGGGAAGAGUUACAUUUCCAUGCAUCUCACAUAAGCAGUGGCUCCUAGUCCUUUUUGCCUGGAUUUUUGACUAGAGUUGCACUCCAGCUCAGAUACCACUGUGCCCUGUUUUUCUGGGCAGGAGUGAACUGCCCUCACUGAGGCUUCUCAUCGGAACAAAAUGGGUCUCUGUCACACCCACAGAUUUAGCAGUGCUAUUCGCUUUUCCUGGAAUUGCGGACAGAGCUGGGUAAAAAAACACCUCCCCCGUAUAGUCCAAGCGUAUAGUUGCCUUGGUUUGCUUAGCAGAAAUAAGGAAUAGAGUAAUGGAACUUACAGGCAUAAAGGGUGAACUGUGAAACUUAGAGUGCAUGGCUCCUUCCCUGUUCUCUCUGUGCUGUUAGGAUUUCAACAUCCUUGAUGCCUUUUGAAAGAGAAGCAAUGAAGGUGAUCAUUCGGUUUAAGCCUAUUCCUGCAGUGGCACUUGGUGUCUAAAUGAAGCGAGCCCAAGGAAUAUUGGUCUACAAGGAUUUCCUCAGAUGUAUUUUUCCCUCCCCGAGUCUCUCUGAAACCAACGUAAUACAAGACUGGGGUUAUGAAGUCAAUCCUAGAUGGCCUCGCGGACACAACUUUCCGAACGAUUACAACAGAUCUCCUUUACGCGGGCUCCAACGAUAUCCAGUACGAAGACAUGAAGGGUGACAUGGCAUCCAAGCUGGGAUACUAUCCCCAGAAAUUCCCCCUCUCUUCCUUCAGGGGUGAUCCUUUCCAAGAAAAAAUGACUGCAGGAGAUGAUCCCCUGUUGAGCAUUAUUCCAUCUGAUCAGAUCAAUAUCACAGAGUUUUACAACAAGUCCUUGUCCACCUUCAAGGAUAAUGAGGAGAAUAUACAGUGUGGGGAGAACUUCAUGGAUAUGGAGUGUUUUAUGAUCCUGAACCCCAGCCAGCAGCUGGCUAUUGCAGUUCUGUCCCUCACCCUGGGCACCUUCACUGUCCUGGAGAACUUCCUAGUCCUGUGUGUCAUCCUCCACUCCCGAAGCCUCCGGUGUCGACCCUCCUACCACUUCAUCGGCAGCCUGGCUGUGGCCGACCUCCUGGGCAGCGUGAUUUUUGUCUACAGUUUUGUUGAUUUCCAUGUUUUCCACCGGAAGGACAGCCCUAAUGUCUUCUUGUUCAAACUGGGUGGAGUUACAGCCUCGUUCACUGCCUCAGUAGGUAGCCUUUUCCUCACGGCAAUAGACCGGUACAUAUCUAUACACAGGCCACUAGCUUACAAAAGGAUUGUUACCCGACCAAAGGCUGUCGUAGCAUUCUGUGUGAUGUGGACCAUCGCUAUUGUAAUAGCUGUUCUUCCUCUGCUCGGCUGGAACUGCAAAAAGCUCAAUUCUGUUUGUUCAGACAUAUUCCCCCUCAUCGAUGAGACGUACCUGAUGUUCUGGAUUGGGGUCACCAGCGUACUCUUGCUGUUCAUUGUGUAUGCCUACAUGUACAUACUGUGGAAGGCUCACAGUCAUGCUGUUCGAAUGAUUCAGCGUGGCACUCAGAAAAGCAUAAUCAUUCAGACUACGGAGGAUGGGAAAGUACAGAUCACUAGGCCUGAUCAAACUCGUAUGGACAUCAGGUUAGCCAAAACCUUGGUCCUUAUUCUAGUCGUUUUAAUCAUAUGCUGGGGCCCUCUCCUCGCCAUAAUGGUGUAUGAUGUCUUUGGGAAAAUGAACAAGCUCAUCAAGACUGUCUUUGCGUUCUGUAGCAUGCUCUGUUUGCUGAAUUCGACAGUGAAUCCCAUCAUCUACGCUCUGAGGAGCAAGGACUUGCGACAUGCUUUCCGGAGCAUGUUCCCCACCUGCGAAGGAACUGCACAGCCUCUCGAUAACAGCAUGGAGUCUGACUGCCAGCACAAGCAUGCCAACAACGCAGGUAAUGUCCACAGGGCUGCAGAGAGCUGCAUUAAGAGCACAGUUAAGAUUGCCAAAGUUACCAUGUCUGUCUCCACAGACACAACUGCUGAAGCAUUGUAAGUCAGAGACUUCUCAGCAUUGUGCGAAAAGGAAAUAGUUUAAAAAAAAAAAAAAUCAACAACGACAGAGAAAACCAAACCCGUGGCUUAAUGUGUUUGUACCCUCCUGUAAUACUUUUUUGGUUUGUCAUUGUAAACUAAGCAAUGAUUGUGUUCAGAGCAUUACUGUCAGGCAGUUCUUCAAGUUUUACAAUUAGGAGUUCAAAUGAAAUUCUCAAAAGUUAUUUCUCAAAAGUAUUUACUGAAUAAUAAUAAGUUUUGUGAAGGAGUACAGCGAAAAUAUCAAAUUAGCAAAAGUUUCUUUGGGGGAUGUGAAGAAAAAUUGUGAAACCUAAUUGAAAACGAAUGCAUCCUAAAACGAUACCAUCAAAUAAGAAAAAGCGGUGUAAUCAUGCUGUCCAUUUCAAUGUGAAAUGUAUUUCAUGUCUGUAAGUAAUAGGAGUUUUUUAUUUUUUUUCCCAAAAGCGGCAGUGCUGAGUUUUAGAGGUUUUGUAAAAUGUGUUGUGUCCUGUGAACUGUAUGCUGUUUUAUUAUGUGUUAUUGAUAUUUGUCUGAUUAAACAAAGUGAUAAGGUAGACUUAUGUGGAAGUAAUGUGAAACGUGGUAUGUAAACCCCAUUGAAAACACUUACUGUAUUUGAAGAAUUCCUAUGAGUUAUUUUGGAAAUUUUACACUUUUAGUGGUCUUCUGUGGACUUAGAGGAGAGACUUUGUGUUCUUCUACUAAAAUUAUUUCCCUGUUACCUUUUACUUUCACAUGCUUAUGAGAAUAACAGCAACAAGGGAAUAGAGAAGGAAUAUAAGAGAGGAAUGCACUGGUUCAGACUUUUAAAUACCACUGCGUUUAUACAGAAGGACGCUCACUGUUGUACAGACUCUUGCCCUUCUCUGGGGCCUUGUGUGAAUAUGAACGCUGAAAAGAGAAGGUCCUGGAAAUUGGCUCCUUUAAUGGGCAACUGUUUUUAGUCCCAUGCUGGUGCUGGACCUCUGAAGGCAGCAUGUAUCAGACGCAAUGUGUCAUGCUGUCACUGUGCAGUUGAUGUAUACUUGAAGUGUGUUGCAUUCCUGUAUCCCAGGUUUAAGCAGACUCAGAGCCUGAGAUG